CUUUGUUACACCUACACUUGCCAGUCUCUUGGAUCCCUCACUGCGAUCUGGAAUCGUGUCUGCUGCUAUUUAUCACCAAACCCACUGCAUAUGGAAACGGUAUUUGUAGACUCGUCUCUCUGAGUAGCAGAGACCGAGCUUGUCGCUGGCCAUCCAUCACUUGCUAGCCGGUCCACAUGACUCUUCAACCGGAUCAGAAAGCCGGACCCAUUCGGCCUCGAUUGCCAGGGCGAACCAGCUCUACUCGCUCGUACCAGGACGAUCCAGCGCCCUCCGACUCUGCUAAAUCGGAUGAUGACGCUAUCACAGACGUGUACAAAUCCGUAGAGCAGACUGGGUCCCUCGAAGCAGCAGCGAAGAAGCUUCAACAGAUUGCAGUCGCCCGCGCGUGGGAAGACGACGCGGAAGAGGCUGCGUAUCUUGCUCAGAGUAACCAAGCAUGGCAGGAUGAAGAAGAAGACAACGGCAACGGCGACUAUGACGAUGACGAAGAUGGUUAUGGAUAUGGGUACGGGUACGGUCACGGUCAGCAGAGAGACGAUCAAGACCAGGAAGAUAUAGUACAUCUACAAGAAAUAGUCCCUGGCUUAUGGGUUGGUGACCUGGUAGCAGCCAUGGAUGCGCCUGGUCUGGAGGAACGCGGUAUUACAAACAUCCUCUCCUGUCUCCGACCUUCUCUGGAAUUCUCCAACGAAUUCUCAGUGUACCCCUUGGAAAUUGAUGACCACGCCGAUACGGAUAUUCUAUCCCAUCUCCCAUCCUGUGUUGCGUGGAUCAAUGAUGCCAUGGAUAAGAAGCAGCGUGCGGAGCAGAAUGAGGCAGGGGAAGAGCUCCCAGGAGCAGAGGAGAUCAAAGCGAUCAACGAAGGGAGAAGCAAUACCCCAACCACGAGGAGCAAACUGAUCGACCCAAGAGCCGGAAUCACCAAACCUGGAAGCGUGCUCGUUCAUUGCCAGGCGGGAAUGAGUCGUAGUGCUACCGUCGCUGCGGCCUACCUUAUGAGAGUCCUCAAUAUCGGGCCCGUCGAGGCGGUUGAGCUCAUUCAGGAAAAGAGGCCGGUAGUCUCUCCCUCUGAUACAUUCUGGUACCAGCUAGGCCUGUUCCACAAUGCCGACGGUAGAGUGUCACUACGUGAUCGCUCAACGAGGCAGUAUUACAUGGAGCGAACGACCAAUGAGUUCAUGAAUGGGAAUGGUGGAGCUCCUGCCAUGGAUAAGAUGGCCAAGUAUCCCGCUACUCCUACAUUGAGUCGUCCAGCUACACCAGCAGGCACUCGGGGUCGCCGGAAAAUCAGAUGCAAAGCAUGCAGGCGAGAGCUAGCAGUACGGGAGCAUAUGAUGGACCACAUUCUCGACCAAGCCCCCACAUCUCGACCUCGAACUCCUAGUGAGGCGUCGCUCAACCCUCAUCGCUCCUCGUUCUCCUUCGGCUCAGGUUUCACCAGUGUCGAUCCGUCCAAAAAUCCUUCGCAACCCACAAGUCGUCGGCCUUCAAUCAUCUCUGAGGUCAUCAAUCCCCUGACUGGGAAACCAGGAGCCACACGAUCACGUCAGCCAUCCAUGAGCCUCAGUAUGACCUCGGCCCAUCCAUCACCUGCUCAAAUAUCAAGUAUCGAUAAGGACAAGGAGCGUGUCAGUCCCGGCGUACCUUCUCCCGGUGGUCUGCCCUAUCCAAAGACGGGAACCGGGCCAAAUGGAGAUGUUCGCGAUCCCGACCCAUCAGAGUCGAGUACCGAUUCCAAAUCCUCCAAGCCAUUCCCUUCCAGCGAUUCUUCAAGCAAUUCUCGAUCAUAUCUCACGGCUGAUCAGCUCGCCAACCGACUCCCACCUCACCUCCAAGCUCUUCGAACGCGUAAAAUCAGCAUGUCAGACCUCACCUCUCCUUUCAAUGCCAGUCCAGCGUCUUCACCGGAGCGUGAAAGUCCUGCUCCGCCCCCAGGGCCCGUCUUGACGAAGAGCGCUGAUUCUGUGCCGCGACUCUCUGCCUCACCUGCUCCUGCUUCCCCGGCGCCGGAAUCACCCUCUUCGCCGGUGGCUUUGGGACGAUCGAAAUCCAUUGGCGCAGGCGAAAGACGGGCAUCUGAUAGGUCGACUGCGUCUGGUCGACGGUUGUCCACUUUGGCCAUGACACCUGCGGAAGGUCUGGGAAGGCGAACAAGUCUGAGCGAUCGAAGAGGCAGCAUCGGUGUACCUGGACCCUCGGGCCCGCCUAUUCUUGUCAACCCGAAAUGUUCGGGAUACUUUGUUGAGCCCCUUACUUGGAUGGAACCUAUACUUCAAAAGGGAGACAUCUCCGGCAAGAUCGUCUGUCCCAACGAGAAGUGUGGUGUCAAGCUGGGCAAUUUUGACUGGGCUGGUGUUCAGUGUGGCUGUAAGGAAUGGGUCACGCCCGGAUUCUGUAUUCAUCGAAGCAAGGUUGACGAGGUGUUUUAGACUUGUUAGCGGUCGUCUGGGGCGGGUUCCGUGCUACAGCCGACGAGCCAAAAGAUGCGUAGCUGGGAAGGGUCUGAUUGAUUUCAACGCAUCGGUUUCUAUGCUUGUUGUUCAUACACGUCUCGAUAGUCAUGAAGGAUUUCUCUGUGUACACA